UGUAUAAAUAAAUAAUUUCUCUAGUUUAUAAGCGCUUUUUUAAUUUGUCUUUAUGGCGUCAAAAAAGGUAUUUGAUCGGUGUUGUAAUCCUUUUGAGUUGGAAUCUCAUUUUAAAAAAAUUGGUUUACGUCCGGCGACUGAUAUUAUGAAAGUAACGUUAGGAUUAGAUGAUAAUUAUUUAUUAUGCAGUUCAUGUCGAAAAAAAGCUUCAGAGUUAGUGAAGCAACAAACAAAUGCUCGUAAUGAUCCUAGUGCUGAUGUAAGUGACCGUGAAGACAACUAUAGUGACAAUAAUGACAACAAUGAUCAGGCUGAUAAUGAUAGUAAUACAACUGCCACGGAUCUCCCAUUAUCCUUAUCAUUCCGUUCCAUGUCAUUUGAUAGCGAACCCAAAGCAUCACAAUCAAGCUCAGGAUCCCAAGUUAGCGCUGCAACUCAAUUACCCGUAAUAAACCAUGCAUUAGAAUUGUUAAAUCAAUCACCGAUUCCAUCGAAGAAAUUGAAUGAUAAUCAAUUUUUGAACAAUAAAAUAAAUCGGGUAUCCGACAGCUUGAAAAAAGUUUUGCUUUCUUCUUCAGAUGAAGAAUCGAUUGAUGACGAUGGUGAAAAUUUUCGCUCUCUAAUUAAAAUGUUGUAUGAUAAAUUCAACGAUAAAGAAACUGAUAAGUCUUUGAAAAUACAAAUUUUAACAUUAUUACCUGUAAAAUGGAGUGAGAGACGUAUUUGUGAAACUAUGAAUACAUCAAGACAUUUGUCAAGAGUAGCAAAAAAUUUGGUUGAAGAAACGGGUUUACUUUCUACACCUGAAUCGAAAUUAGGGAGGACAAUUACUGAUCAGGUAAAAUUAAAAGUUGAAAAUUUUUACAACGAUGAUGAGUAUAGUGCUCAAAUGCCCGGUAUGAAAGACUUUGUAUCAAUUCGAAGUGAUGAUGGUAAUCGGAUACACGUCCAAAAAAGACUUAUCCUGUCUAACUUAAAAGAAUUAUACCAAUGUUUCUGUGAAAUAAAUCCUGCUGAGAGAAUUGGAUUUUCAAAAUUCGCUUCUUUGCGACCAAAACAUUGUGUGUUAGCAGGGGCAAGUGGAACACACACCAUCUGCGUGUGUACGAUUCAUCAAAACGUGAAGUUAAUGAUGCUUGGUGCAAAUAUUUAUUCUUUGACAAGGAACACAGAAAAGCCCAUUAAACACUACAGCGAUUACUUGAGCAUGAUUAUAUGUGAAAAUCCAUCUUUUCAGUGUUAUUUAGGUGGAUGUAAAAACUGUCCUGGGGUCGAUGAGUUGAGUAAAAUUUUACUAAAAUGUUUUGAGGACCGGGAAAUCGAGAAUAUUACAUAUAAAUAUUGGAUAUCAAAACCGAGAAGUAGUUUAGAAACUAUUAUUAAGCCUACAGAAGAAUUUGUGGAAAAAAUUUUGUAUUUAGUAAUUAUCUCAGAUUCUAACAAACAUGAUGCCGUUGCUGUUCAUGUUUUCAUCGAAAUAAUAACUGAUUACGUGAAAAGUCUUCCUGAACGUUGUAACAAGAUUUAUUAUUUUUCUGAUGGAGCUCCUCAACAAUUUAAAAACUUUAAAAACUUUGUAAAUUUAUAUUACCACGAAGAUGAUUUUGAUAUUCCUGCUGAAUGGCAUUUUUUUGCGACUGCCCAUGGGAAAGGUCCGUGUGAUGGAAUCGGUGGUAUUCUCAAACGACUUGCAGCGAGAGCAAGUCUCCAACUCGCGGUAGACAAACAAAUAACGACACCAGAAGAACUUUUUGAAUGGGCUUCUGCACCGGAUAACUUGCCGAAUAUUAUAGUGAAGUUUUCCCCAGAAGAAGAUUAUGACACAGCAGUAAAUGAUUUAAAUGAUCGAUUUUUGAAAACGAAACCGAUUACAGGAACUCAACAACUACAUUGUAUAAUUCCGGACAAAAAUGGUUGUUUACUAGUUAAAAACUUUUCGAAUUCGAAUGAACACAGAAUUUGUAAAAUAUUUAAACGACAGAGAGAAAAGUAA